GGGGGUGGGGGGGGGGGUUACACGGUACAACCUACAACCCCGCCACACACCCAACCGGCUAUAUCUGUGCCUUGGACAGUAGCCCCCUUCCCUGAGGGCAGCCUCCAGGUUGUGUCGCGGUUUGCCUGGCCGAUGUGGGGACGGGAAGUAUUAUCGCCUCCAACUGGGACGUCCUCCAGCAAUCAAAAUGAAGUUGAGCUGGCUGGGGAUUCACCAGAAUGCACUUGCCUACUCCUUUACAACACUGGGAGCUGCCUUAAUGAACAACCUCUUCAGCUUCUACUACGUGAAGCUCUUCCUAAACCAGUACAGAAUCUCUGAGAGAGACUUUCACCAGGCACAGGUGGUCUUCAUGGUAUGGAAUGCCUUCAACGACCCCCUCUUUGGCUACUUGCAGGACAACUCCAGAUUCCCGUGCUGCGCCCAGCGCCGCCUCUCCAUCCUGUACGGCGCUCCCUUCUACGCCAUCGCCUUCCUGUUGCCGUGGUUCCCGUGGCGGGAUUACCAGGAGGGAGACUGGCUCUGCGGCCUGCACCUGGUCGUCGCCCUCUGUGCCUUCGACGGGCUGCUGACCUUCGUCCUCCUGGCGCAGUGCGCGCUCUUCGCCGAGAUCUCGACCAAGCACGAGAACCGGCUGCUGCUCAUCAAGUACAACCAGGUGGCCUCGUUGGCCGGCUCCUCCGGCGUCCUGUUCUGUGGCCUCGUCUCCAGCAACAUGGAGAACAUCUUCAACUUCCAGCUCUUCAUGCUGUUCGUUGCCGCGCUGGCCUUCGCUUGCAUGUGUUACACCGGGCGACACAGCGUCAGUCAGUACGAGCAAGGCGAGAGGUCAAUGAAGGACAGGGUGGACGAGGUGGCCAACCUCUCCUGGUCAUCUGUCUUCCACCUGACCAAACAAAUCGUCACCCAGAGAGACUUCCUGCUCUUCAUCAUCAUGAACUUUUUCCAGGUCUUCCACUUGGCCUUUCUGAACAAUUUCAUGCUGAUUUUCGCCGACCAUCUGAUCCCCCAGAACCUGCUCCCGGCCUUUGUAAAGAGCAUCAUGUAUGGUGCUGGCUUUAUCUGUCCCCAGCUCCUGGUGCUCAGCAGCCAGUCACUGCUGAAGAGGUUUGGUUAUUACCGAGUCAUUCUCUUUGCCUUCUACCUGGAGCUGUUGAGUGCGGGAGUCAUGCUGGUCUUGGGCCCAAGUCAUCACUACAUUUUGUGUCUCUUCCUCGUUGGAAACAUGGUGAUGGUGUCAGCAGCAUUCAGCCUCUUCAACCUGCCUCUGGCUGACAUCAUCGACACCGACUUUCAGAAGUACAAACGCAGCUUCCCUCUCUCCUCCAUGGUGUUUGGAACCAAUGCUCUGUUUACGAAGCCAGCCCAGUCUCUCGCCCCGAUGCUGGUUGUGACCAUACUCAACCAGUUCAACUACGAAAAGCUGAAGGAUGACUUUACACUGACGGACCAAAGUGCUUUGGAAGACCUUCACGGGGCCAUGUUUUGGCUCAUCUGCCUGACUCCCAUGUGCAUUGCGGCUCUGCAGAUCCUGGCGUGGAGCCCCUUUUCCAUCCGGGAAAGUCACUCCAACAUUCCAAAGUAUAUUGAAUCCUAAACACCAGCAAUCCUUAAUAUGAAGAACGAAGGUCUUUACACCCCUGGAGUUGAGCUUGGACAUUGGGGAUCAUUGUUGUAGUAGUGACAGAAGAGGUAGUAACACUUUUAAUUUGGGUUUCUUUUUGCUCGUUCUUGAGACUUGGGCAUCACUGUCAGGGGUCUUGUUGAUGCCACCCACUCUCUGUGAGAACACGUUGCCUUUGACAGUUUGAAGCCAUUUCGUGUCGUUUGAUGGGAAGCUCCUGGAGUUUGAGCCAGUGACAAUGACAGAAGAGUGAUUGAAUACCCCAGCUGGGGCAGUGUGGGGUGGGGUAGAGUCUGGAGGUGAUGGUAUAACUAGGGGUCCACUGCCCUUGUCCUCUGGGGUGGAUUUGGGAGGCACUUAAGACAUCUUGGCAAGUAGUUGGAAAAUAGUGUCGGAUGGAGAUGGUGAGGGGACUCCCAAUUACGUGGGCUGCUUUGCCCUGGAUAAUAUUCCUGGUUGCAGUCGCAGUCAUAAACACUUGGGCAAGCGGAGAACACUCCGUGCUCGGGGCCGCAAGAAACUGCAGAGAGUUGUGGACACAGCCCAGCACAGCACGGAAACCAGCCUCCCCUCCAUGGACUCUGUCUACACUUCUCGCUGCCUCGGUAAAGCAGCCAACAUAAUCAAAGACCCCACCCACCUCAGACACUCUCUGUUCUCCCCCCUCCCAUCGGGCAGAAGAUACAAAAGCCUGAAAGCACGUCCCACCAGGCUCAAGGACAGCUUCUAUUGAACGGUUCUCUAGUAGGAUAAGAUGGACUCUUGAUAUCACAAUCUUGGAGUCUGACUGAGAGAAACAGGAAUGUGAUUUGUCUCUGUUCUGGCAGAACCCCAACAACCUAAACCCCCGAGGGACCCCAACAAGGCAUGUUGCCCCACUGCCCACACCCCGUCCCCAACACCAAGCCCCAGCCCAGUCCCAAAGGGUCUAACAGCCAAGGCACCAUCCCAUCCCCAACAGGCUGAUGACCACAGCACCAGUAAUCUCCCACUGCCCACCCCCCCCAGUGCCCCCAAACUCCUCAACCCACCGCCAAUGACCAAUCCCCGGACACUGGAUUCGAAGGCAAAUUAGAGCUGUAAGUCUGAGCAUCACUGACACCAGCCUCCUGAGUUACUCAGCUUGAUGGCAUGGACUGGUUGGGCCAAAGGGCCUGUGUCUGUGCUGUAUUGCUCUAUGACUGUUCCUCCAGCAACGUCAGUUCACUGAUUUGGCCUGAACUCUCAGAUAUCAGCCCAGCCUGGGUGCAAAAAGGCAAAUGGAGUUGGACUUGGGGAACAAAGACGUGGCCCAGAUCAAAGCAGCAGCGAGGGUAACCUCCGACGGUGAGAACAAACGUCCUGCUGCCUGUUAACUGACCCUCUAACCCUAGUGGGUCCUGAUCCAAACCAACACAUCCCAAAGCUCAAAGCCAUCCCUCAGUCCCCAGUAGAGUUGCAAUUGGUUUAUUUUUGUCACUUGUACCAAGGUCCAGUGAAAAACUUGCAUACAUCACAUUCCUGUUUCUCUCAGACAGACUCCAUCCUUUCUGUAGUCACCACCAGAGCUGGUCAGAAUGGUCAAUCGGUCAAUGACAUUGGAAUUGAUUUAUUAUUGUCAUAUGUACUGAGGUACAGUGAAAAACUUGUCUUGCAUACCAUCCAUACAGAUCAAUUCAUUACACAGUGCAUUGAGGCAGUACAAGGUAAAACAAUAACAGAAUAAAGUGUCGCAGUUACAAGAAAGUGCAGUGCAGGCAGACAGUAAGGUGCAAGGGCCACUACGAGGUAGAUUGUGAGGUCGUCGGUGGGCAGCGAACACACGAGGAGGGAAUUGUGUGGAAGCGCUGGGAUGGGCCAUUGUCUGCAUAGCGAUGCAGUUGGUAGAGCCACUGCCUCUCGGCUCCGGUGACCCCGGUUCAAUCCUGACCACCGGUCCUGUGUGGAGUUUGCACAUCCUCCCCGUGUCUGUGUGGGUUUCCCCCUGGGGGCUCCGGUUUCCUCCCGUGUCCCAAAGACGCGCAGGUUAAUUGGCCGCUGUAAAUUGCUCCUGGCGUGUGGGUGAGGGGUAGAAUCUAGGGGGAGUUGGUGGGAAUGUGGGGAGAAUAAAAUGGGGUCGGUGUAAGUGGGUGCUUGAGGUUGGCAUGGACUUGGUGGGGUGAAGGACCUGUUGUAUGGCUCGGACAGCACUGGGACAGAGCAAACUUGCCACAUCCAGUACAUUGGAGACGAUGGACUUCAGAGGUGGGAAGGCCAACGAUCCCAACGAUGAUUGGGGAGUGUGACUCUGCAGCCAUGUGUGGUCGAGGGCUGGUGUGAUCAGGGCCGUUGGCGCAAGUGUCCCCCUGGAUUAGUUUGUGAAGUUAUUUCCCUAACACGAAUCCCCGAGUGAGUCGGUGAGGAUUACAUUGUUGGAUAGCCCAUGGGCUGUGCCGGCCGCUGCGAGAACCUGCCCAGGAAUGAGCGACCUGAGGGUUGGCUGUUGUUGGGCAGGUCUUGUUUCACUUUCAUUCCCACGAAGAAGGGAUCUAGCUCUUCACAUAACCAAACAGUACAGGGUGGGGGUCUCCCUACCUCGUGCAACAUUCCCAAUGAAAUACAGAAACUGCUUAAUUCCAUGUUACAGAAGUUUGAACCUUCCAGCUGAGGGUGAAAGGGGAAAGGUUUAGGGGGAACUUCUUCACUCAGAGUGGUGGGAGUGUGGAAUGAGCUGACAUGGUAAACGUGGGCUCACUCUCAAAUUUUAAGAAUAAAUUGGAUGGAUACAUGGACGGGAGAGGUCUGGAAGGUUAUGGACUGGGUGCAGGUCAAUGGGACUAGCGGAAUAAAGUUUCCGCACAGACUAGAAGGGCCGAAUGGCCUGUUUUCUGUGCUGUAGUGUUCCAUGGUUCUACGGAACAGAACUGUACUGAGCUUGUUCCAACCCUUUCUCGGUGGGUAUCCUUGUUUUGGAAAGGGCAGUGCCUUUCCCAUCCUGGGAAGGAGAAUGGGGGUGAAAUCCUACAGUGUUUCUCUGCCGAUGAAUAACUGGAAGUGUUGCCAGGUGACACCCAAUCUCCAUGCAGCAGGCAGCUGGGGUGUCUAACUUCUGAUGAGGGUGGUGUUCUGUGAGGGCUCUUUCAAAUGAUUCAACUGCCUUCUCGGGUAUUUCAGAGUAAAUGUCUGGGGUGAAACACAUCAAUGUCUUAAAAAAUCAGCAGAUUUUUAGGUGCAA